UUUCUCCCCUUUACUUCUCCGCCUCACUCUCCACUUCUGCUCUCUCGUACCAGUCGCACCAUCUCUCUCCUCUCCAUCCUUCAAAUUCGAAUCCAACAAUGGCAGUUUUCAAGGAUUUGCACACCGAGACUGGUCUCAAAUCACUCGAUGAUCAUCUUUCCGGAAAAUCCUACGUUUCUGGGGAUGAGCUGACCAAGGAUGAUAUCAAGGUGUACGCUGCAGUAUUGGAGAAGCCUACUGACUCUUUCUCAAAUGCAUGCAAGUGGUACGAGAGUGUUUCCCAGCAGCUCGCUGCAAGUUUCCCUGGCCAAGCUGCCGGAGUGAGAUUUUCCUCCCAGGCAACUCCAGCUGCCUCUGCCGAGGAAGAGAAAAAGGAUGCACCUGUCGAGGAUGACGAUGAUGACAUGGAUCUCUUCGGUGACGAGACCGAGGAAGAGAAGAAGGCCGCAGAAGAGAGAGAGGCAGCAGCCAAGAAGACUUCUGCAAAGAAGAAAGAAAGUGGAAAAUCUUCCAUUCUUCUGGAUGUGAAGCCAUGGGACGAUGAAACCGACAUGAAGAAGCUAGAAGAGGCUGUUCGCAGUGUCCAGAAGGAAGGUCUCACAUGGGGAGCAUCAAAAUUGGUUCCAGUUGGUUACGGAAUCAAGAAGUUGACAAUCAUGAUGACCAUUGUCGAUGACCUUGUUUCCGUCGACAACCUCAUCGAAGAUUACCUCACCGUCGAGCCAGCCAACGAAUUCAUCCAGAGCUGUGAUAUUGUCGCCUUCAACAAAAUUUAAGUGGACUAUCUAUAGUAGUUUUCUUAAUCUGGGAUGCUUUAGUUCGUCUCUAAAAGAUUUUGUUUUCGUUACUUCUCAUAUAGGUGGUGUGUAACUGUGUAUGGUUUGAGAGAUGAGUUGGGGUGUAAAAACUCCGAGAUUUAAUUUAACGAUAACAGUUUUUUUGUCGAA